CAGGUGAGGGGCAUCCUGGUGCCCGAGGGAAGUCCAGUCUAGAGGGGCUGACUCUGAGCUUGGAACUCCGAGAAGCCUCCACCUCUCCCCCCCCCGCCCCCGCAGUCCCAGCCCGGCAAGAGAAGGGGCGUGACCCUGGCGCUCAGGUUUCUUCCUCUUCACCUGGGGUGGGGGGGGCCAGGACUUCCGGCUCAGGUGAGUGUCCCUUCGGUGACGUCAGGUCACUCUCGGCCGCCCCUCCGGUCCGGCCCGCCCCGCGUUCCGGGUGCCCGCGGGGGCGCGCCCCUGACGCCCUACAUAUACCCAGGAGCGCCGCACCUGUCCGCCCGCACCUGCCCGCUCACGGCUGUGCAGCCUCUCCCUCGCACGGCAGCCUUGGGCCGACAGCCCGGGGUACUUUGGGGACCUCGAACCUCCAGGACCGCGCGCACACUGCCCCUCCGCCUUUUGUUUGGGUCGGGUCGCCGGGAGCGCCGUUGGGGACCGCCAGGCCUUCGCGGAUCGCUUUUUCGACCAUCAGUGCUCGGGCGGAGCCUGUUCCUUGAGCUGUGAAGACCCUCGCCCCGCCGGGAGGAUCGAUUUGUGUUUUCUUGGGUGAUAAAAAGAUUUGGAAUCACCUGACCCAAAAACUUAUCUUUGGGUGACUUAAGACGCCACUGCAAAUUGUGUUUUUGUGGGGCUGACCCCCCAAGCUUUGUCUGUUUUGCCGCAGGGUCGCCCGCCCGGCGUCCCCAGCCUUCUCUGAGCGCAGGCAUGGCCAAUUCGGGCCUGCAGCUCCUGGGCUUCGCCCUGGCUCUGCUGGGCUGGGUGGGCCUGGUGGCGUGCACCGCCAUCCCGCAGUGGCAAAUGAGCUCGUACGCGGGCGACAACAUCAUCACGGCCCAGGCCAUGUACAAGGGGCUGUGGAUGGAAUGCAUCACGCAGAGCACGGGCCUGAUGAGCUGCAAAUCGUACGACUCGGUGCUCGCCCUGUCUGCGGCCCUGCAGGCCACCCGAGCCCUGAUGGUGGUAUCCCUGGUGCUGGGCUUCCUGGCCAUGUUCGUGGCCACCAUGGGCAUGAAGUGCACGAACUGUGGGGUAGACGACAAAGUGAAGAAGGCCCGGAUAGCCAUGACCGGAGGCAUCAUUUUCAUCGUGUCAGGUCUUGCUGCCUUGGUAGCUUGUUCUUGGUACGGCCACCAGAUUGUCACAGAUUUCUAUAGCGCGCUGGUCCCCAUGAAUCUUAAGUACGAGUUUGGUUCUGCCAUCUUCAUUGGCUGGGCAGGGUCUGCUCUGGUCAUCCUGGGAGGUGCCCUGCUCUCUUGUUCCUGUCCUGGGAGUGAGGGCAAAACUGGGUACCGCACACCCCGCUCCUACCCUAAGCCCAACUCUGCCAAGGAGUACGUGUGAGCUGGAACCCCUUGCCCCAGCCUGGCAGCCUCUGGUGUGCCCAGGUACCGGAAAUGACCCGGCGCAGAUCUCAGCCCGUGGGCGG